CAGUUCGCACAUCCUCCAAUUGCCAUCGAUUGAAUCCGAAAGCAGCCCUUAAAUGUUGAUGCCACGGCUGCAAUAUCACUUCAACGGAUAUAAUCCAGAACUAAGCCUAGCAUUAAGCAUGCAACAACAACAUAUUAAUCAGUUAUUAACAACAGCAGCGACCGCCACUGGCAUUGUCGGUGACGUGGACGCCUUACUAACGCCCAUACACAACAACAACAACAACAAACAGACGCCAGUCCGCAUGGAGACUGGACGCGAACGUAAUUUAUGGCGCACCAAUGAGAUCAUGGAGGUGCUGAAAAUUAUGCAGCAGAUAAACGCUCUCGAUAUGCUCAACCAAAAGGCAAUGAAGAGCGAUGUAGUAUUCCGUAAAGUGGAACGACUAAUGUUUGCACGUGGUUUUCGAAAAAAAUCGCACAUACAAAUUUCGACCAAGUGGAAAUUUCUCAAGUCAACUUAUAGAACAUCACGACGUAAUGGUAUCAUACCAAAAAUGAUACCGCAACCGAUUUAUGAGGAAUUACAUAAAAUGUUGCACAACAGAACUAACAAUUUGUCGGUGCGUUCGACCAGUGAUUGCGGUAAUUCAGCCACAUCGCUGGAUGGUGACAAUUCCAAUUGUGCCAUGGAAAAUGGCAAUUGUGGCGGAAAUGAGAGGCAAUUGAUAAUAUCAGGCGUUGAAGGUGGCUAUGGAAGUGGGAACAAAAAUUUGCUAGAUGAGAGCGCUAACGGCCAAGACUCGGAAGAAGAGAAUGGCUUAGCACAUCCCAUUUUUGGAUUUCGUUUGGGACUGGUGAAACAAGAGCCAGCUGAUACAGGUUACGAGAACGGUAAGGCUAAGCAGAAGGACUCAACCGCCAAUAUACAGUUCCAAACGGAAAUUAAGCAGGAGGUAAACGAAGAAACCGACUCACCAAUGGCAUCUAAUUCGGCUACACCACAGCCUCAAGUCGAGCCUCAAUUAGAAUAUCAACAGCCACAACAAAGGCAAAGUGCCCCAGAGAUAAUGAUACUGAGCCGACGCACCACGCGUCCCUCGACAUCGGUCGCUGCGUCAACAUCCAACACCACAGCUACACCGAAUGCCACAAGCACACCCAAAAUGGUCUCAACCCCAUCGCAGACACGAUCUGGUGGCGCGAGCACAGCAAGUCCCACACCAUUACCGCCUCUGCGCAUAGCACCAUUCGCCAAGGUGCCGCCAAGUGAUAUGGCAACGCCCAUAUCGACCACUAAUUUACCACCACCACCGCCCCUUGCCAUGAAUCCAACAUCAUCACGUGCAUUCCGACUGAGUAGCGCCUAUAGCAGUAGCGUAUAUGCCAAUGGCGGCAGAGUUAACACCGCCGCCGCGGUUACCGGCACCGCCAACACAGGUACUAAUACCGCUGGUGCUAUGUCUUUUCAACGCAAAUUCAAUGGUCCAAAAGGGCUAACUAUUGCACCUACUUCAGGCCGGCCCGCUGUGGUACAGCCGUACGUCUUGCAUCAAGAAGUGGUAGUGCCCGAUUUAGACAUAGCGGCAGCACCACACGAAUACCGUGCGCAGCAACCGUUUUACGGUUUCCCAGACGGCCCGUCUACGAGCCAACAGGCACAGCAGAUGGAAGCACGAAAACGACGCCUAAAAGCAUCGCUCAUGAUGAGCACAGUAAUGCCAUCAAAGCGAAUGGCAUGCGGGCCCGAAACGUUAAGAAAUAUAGCACCCCGACCAGCAGCUAUGGAUUAUGCAGCGGAUGAUGGACUGAAUCAGCAACAGCAGCAGCAGCAACAGCAACAACAGCAACAACAACAACAGCAGCAAGAGCUACCAUCUUUGGAAAGUGUUGAGCGGGAAAACUGCUAUGCAAGAGUAUUGCAAGAUGUGGCCGUUUCCUUGCGACAAAUGCAGCGCGAAGUGAUCAAUGAGUUCUUCAAGCGACAAAUGAAACUGGCACGCGAAGAACACGAGUUCCAGUUGCAACAAGAUGCGGUAUUGAUGCAAGCAUUCAAGGAACAAGCGCAGCAGUUCCAAAAAAUGAGUAAAGAUUUGAUGGGAAGCGCUGUAAAGUUGGAAAAACGCAAGAAGAGAAUGGAGAAACAGCAGCGGAAGCAGAUUUUAAAUUAUGGAAAGUUGCAGCCGCGACAAAUACAGCAAAAUAAGUGCAAGAAUGCAAAAAUUUUGCAUAACGGCAAGAGUAGAGCAACAGUUAGAAAUAACGAAGUAAAAGACGAGGAGAAGCCUACGGAUGGGUAUGGGGAUAGGGAUGAGGAUGAGGAUGAGGAGGAAGACGGAGUGAAAUUACUGAUGAGAAACGUACACGCACAGCUGGAGCUGAGCGAUGAUGAGGGCGGCGGCGAAGAUACACAGAAUCAGUACGAGUAUGAAGUUAAUGAAUAUUUGCAGGAUAAUAGCAAUGAUAUAGAACAAAGUUCACGCGAGGCAAUGAGCCGGCAAGAAGGAGAAGAAGAAGAAGAAGAAGUAGAGGAACAAAAUGAUGAUACGCAACAUGAAGAUUAUACAUCCGAUCCCAUACAAAUAACUGGACAUUAGGGUGUAAGAAGAAAUAUUCAAAUACUUAAGUUAAAAGUUAAGAAAAAUUGCGAAUUAACUGUUAAGCAAAAAGAAUGUAGAUACAUGCAUACAUAUGUAUGUAUGUAUGUAAGUAAGGCCAAGUGGAAAAGAUAGCCGAAACGGAACAAACCAAUGCACAUUCCAACGUAAAUUCCGUUAAAUAAAGCUAAGAAAUAUUAAUAAGAGAAAAUGCUAUGGCUGUACUAGGCCUUCUCACCUUG